AUGAGGAGGUAAGAGCAGUUUCACAGUUGCUCUCAGGGUGCACGACCCUUUUGGAUCAUUCAUCUGAUUUCCUCCUUUUUGCAGCUUGCACGGUUGUUACAUCAAGAACUUAACAGUUCUCCCAGAGUUCCUCGUGUUCCACGGAUGCGGCAACCUGAUGGUUUCCACUCGGCGUCUGGUGCCACUACAAGCAUGCUGUCGAAAUGUUCUGGCGGAAAGGAUCAAAGCCAGGUACGAUAUUUGGUAUGUUCGUGUAUGCCAUCCUAGACGAAGACCUUCUCUCCAGUUUUAGGAACUGUAUGUUGUUUUUUUCAUGAGCUUAAGAUAUCUAUACGUAUAUGUCUGCAUGUACGACCUGUAUUUUGAUCCAAUAUAUAGGCCUCUAGGAGAAAGAACAAGGAAGAUUCAUGCAGAGAUAGCUCUCGCAGCUCCUACGGUUUGAGUGGAGAGACAAAGAAGGCAGAUAGGUUUCCGUCUCCUGACGUGAGAAAAGAGGAUGCUGCCACGCCAGCCAAUGCUUCUGCUAGGAGGGGCGGACAGAUCGUACCUAACGGCGCUUCGUCUUCUGCCAAGAAAAGCACCCAGCUCAGUUCCACCACUGGUGCAAGCAUGCAUUCUUCCUCCUCCGCCAAGGCCAAUGACCAGAGCAUCUUGUCAAUGGGCGGCUCGUCAAAGACUCUAUCUCCAGAUUCGGCUGCCUCCCAGGCCCAUACUUUGCCAGGUACAUGGUUCAAGUUUUCUCAUGAUCCCUAACCUUUCACUCCGAUGAUCUCUGUUGACCUUUGGGUCGAUCUUCCAUUUUCAGGUCUGAUUGACGAGAUCAUGAGUAAAGGAAACUGCGUGACAUAUGAGGAACUCUGCAGUGCAGUUCUACCGGUAUGAUUCCCCAAUCUGGCAUGAUCGCUUCUAUUCCCUUUUCUUGGUUCGGUGGUUGAUAUAAAUAUUUUGCCAGCACUGGAAGAACUUGAGGAAGCCCAACGGAGAUAAAUAUGCUUAUUCCAGCCAUUCUCAGGCCGUGCUUGAUUGCUUGCGGAACAGGAGCCAGUGGGCGCAUCUCAUUGAUCGAGGGCCUAAGGUGGGUACUCUUGAAAAGCAGCGCUACAGUUGAAUCCAAUUUUCUUUUCUUUUUUUUCAUAGGGUUUGAAUAUCUAUCAAUCGUGUCAUGUCUGAAAUCAGCUCUUUACUCGAUGUUGCCUUUAUAUUCUAAUUAUUGUGGCCCCCGCUCUAGUCCUGAGUUUUGGUAGAAAUCCACAUCUAGGUGCCAGAUGAGAUCCUACUCCUCAUCCCUCUCCCUCUCUCUCUCUCUCUCUCUCUCUCUCUCUCUCUCUCUCUCUCGCUCGCUAAGACAAUCAGGAAUGUAAGUCUAGUAUGUAUCUUCUAAUACAGAGUAUAUGCGCCAUGAAGUGAUUGGUAUUGAUAGGAUUGUGGCUGUUUGAAGUUGCCUAUUUUUUGUCUUGAUGUCCCGUGCUGACCCUCGGACUGGUUUUAAAUUUUUUUUCUAACGUGAUUGUGGUCGCCAUCUUCCUGAUUCUUUUGGAAAAAUAGCAGAAAAACCCAGCGGUAUGCUAUAAAACCGGGUCUACAAUUUCCACUAGAUUUGGUGAAAACCCGUCCUCUUAAGAAUCACCACCUUACCUUCCAUGAACCUACCCACCAAGGCCCCCUCAAUCCGAUUUCCCUUCCCCAUGAGCAGGCAUACCUUGUGAGAAAGUAGAUUCCUCUCCUACCCAUGGUCUUCUGUAAUCCUUUUCCUUCUCAGAAUGUUCUUGGGAAGAUCAUAUCAUUCGUCAGCGAUGACCCUGAUUCCUCUUUUCAUUCAUACAUCUGUUUAUGGAAUGGGAUAAACGUCUCAGACCAAUUCCAGCAGGAAGAGGCGGAAGCCCAGCUCCGACACGGACCCUUCCCUCGCCGAGUCUGAGAGCGAAGAGGCCGCGAGAGCCCCCAAGGACGCGGAGGAUAAGGACGGCGACUCGCAUCCGGACGACUUCCCCAAGGGCCGCCGGAAGGCGCGGAAGCGACGGCGACUCGUCCUCCGGGGCCGAGUGCUCAGGAAUCGGCAGAAACCGGCAGCGGCGGGGGGGUCGGAUGGGGACGACGCCCUCCGCUCCUCGUCCUCAUCGAGCGGCGACGAGGCUCGGAGUUUCUCCACCGACGAGGACGAGCCCGAGGGAAGGAGGCCGCAUCCCAGUAGAAAGCACGAGAUGAACUCUUCGAGCUCCGUCGAUUCCGACUGA